AUGCCACCACGCGGCACCAAACGGCCACGUCGAUUGCAUUGCGAUGGCGAGGGUUGUGGUGAUCCGGACUGUUCCAGAUGCUGGGGAAGUGCGGAUGACGGUGACGCUCCUACUGUCGGUGCAUGGACGGAAGUGGUGGAUCUGACCAAAGACGUGGACGUGGCCGGCGGAGGGGUGAGGCGCGGCGCGGGCCCUCCGCGGCGACAACCAAGCGGUGACCAUAAGUCUUUGCGGAUCAUGAGCCCAGCAAAGACCACUGUGGGAAAAGACGCGCCCGGCUUUCAGGCAAUGGUCGAUGCGCUCGACGACAAGACAGUCCGAGAUACCUUGGUCCGCCUGGCGUCCAUGGCGCCGUCGGCCCAGACGGCCAUCAAGCAGGCAUACAACAGCCAGCUCCGGGAAUGCGAGCUCAGGGCCGACGAGAAGCCGUUGGAGCCGCUCGACGUCGACCACUACAGCAAGAAGGCCUGGCACGCGCUCUACACGUCGGACGCGGCGAAGAGGUGGGAGACGUUCGACGAGGUCCGGCGCCUCGGCGCCAAGAAGCGCGCGACCGAUGCCAUCGCGGGAUACGUGAAGGAGAUCCGGCAGAAGAUCCGCGAGACGACGCCGUUCGAUGAUAAACUAUGCGCCCUCGAGACCAUAAGGAAGAUCUUCAAAUCCAUCCUGCUCGGGAGCAACGAGCUGGCCAAGAGUGUCAGAGCCCACAUCUGCGAUACCAGGAGUCCGGAAAUUGGGGGGCAUGUCAUGCACAUUUUGCUUGUCAUGUCAAAUGAGGAGGUUCUACGUGCUAGGGGUACGGCCGAUGAGAAAGGGACCUUGAUUCAGAAGUUCUGGUGGUGUUGGAAUGAAAGCAAGAGAUACAAUCUGCUCGAAUUCCAGAAUAUGAUCCAUACCAUCAUGGUUGUUAUGGGUGGUGGAGAAGACAAUGACUUGGCCAGGUUUUGA